AUGUUCCCCAGAAGCAUCAUCGCACUGCGCGUCUCGCGCGCUGUCAUGACCCCUGCCUCUUCGCGCGGCAUGGCCUUCACGUCUACCAGCCGUCUUGGCCUCAAGGAGUCAUCUGACAGUGAGAACAUCGACUACACCAAGCACAAGUCCGACUCGCUCGAGAAGCAGAAGCAGGGCAAGGGCCACUGGAAGCCCGAGCUCGCCUCCGACAGCGAGGAGGCAGUCAAGGCAGACCGCAGCGGCAGUGGACCUGAGGAGACGGCCAAGCUGCAGGAGAGGACAAAACGCGCGGCUGAGGAGUCGACCAAGGCGGGCACCAGUGUCAGGGACACCAUGUAA